ACCCAUAAAUAUCUUACCAGGUCUCGGCAAAGGUUUGGUUUUGGAUCAGGUCCUAACCUCAGUAUUUAAUUGUCGUUAUUCAUGCUAUAAUUUAUUUUUUAGUGUUGUCCUUGUUAUUACUUAUUGGUAAUAUCGUCCUACUGCCCAAGAUCAUAUACAGAGAAAAUGCCCUGGUACAAAAUGCUAACGAGAUAAAAGAUCGUUAGUCAAUUGAUUGAACUUGACAAUGCACUCUGAAUCAGACGCGCUCUGGAUACUCGCCAGCGCUGCCUCUGUGACAGAGUGCGUUGUUGGCGAGUCACUCCUUGGCUCAGCACACCGACUACAGCAGCCUAUGUUUACUGUUGACACUACGACAAUUAUCUGCUGCGUUGAUCAUAGACCGAUGUUUAGUCAACUACAACCUUACGUUGUGUUACCACUGUCUAAAAUAACCAAAGGUUUUCUAAGUGAGUGCGAUAGUGAACAACAAGCCAAGUUAGUGCAAGAGAGAGUUCUCUCUGUGGAGGCUAACAUUGCAGAGCUAUGUUCCUCCUUCUCACUCUUUUCAAGAAAAGCAGCUCGAUUGAGAGAUGCAAACGAUGAAAUAGCUAAUGUUGUGGCUUCAAUUGCAGAAAGAGAAGAAGUAAAUAAAUCUAUGAAGACGGGCCUGAAUGAAUUAGCAAGAAAAUUAAACCUGAUUGGGGAUUUUAGAGAUCAAGGCGUGGAACUGCUAGACAAAAGGGUAGUGGAGGUCUUUGCUGGCUACGAUGGAAUCUGCCGCAGGGCCAAGGAUGAGCUCAAGGUUAUCUUCACUGCUAGGGACAAGGAGUUGUCUCGCCAGCGGCAGUUGGACCGCCUACGGGAGAGAAAUCCUCACAAUCGACACCAAAUUUCUAAAGCAGAAACAGAGUUAAUCAAAGCUAAGAGUGAAGUUUCUCGGAACCAGAAGGCUCUUGAGGAACAAAUUGACCUUUUUGAAAAGAAGAAACUGAAGGAUAUCAAGGCGGCAUUGCUAGACUUUAUAAAAAUCGAGUUGGCAUUGCAUGCAAAGGCUGUGGAGCUCUACACACAGGCAUACAAUAGCAUGUCAGAGGUUGAUGAAGAACAGGAUUUGGAGGACUUUCAAAAUGCCAGAGGAAAUUUCGAUCUGGAAUUGAGGAAUGCGAUGGCGAGUGAUCUUUCUCGACUGGAUACAGUUAAAAGAACUUCCUUUCGUAGCUCAUCCUUGCAAUCUAUCGCUAAUAUCUUCACCACCCCCCAGAAGUUUCAGAGACAUGAAGGUCUACCUACAACUUCUAUGGAUGAAUUAGCCGAACAAGAGAAUCCACACAGAUUCAUCCACAUCCAUCAACAUAAUGUGCAAGACAUUCCCAACAGUUUACCCUACCUACACUCUUCAGGAGAAAGCCAUCCUAUGCCGGAGCAAAGUUUUUUAAUGUCCUACCAACAAGUCUCAAGAAUAGUCUACCAACAACUCUAAAGAAGAAGGAGAAAGACUGGUUCAUUGACAAAUCUUUUUACUCUAAUGAUUAAUGAAACUCUGUAAAUAUUUAACACUGUAUGUUUUUGUUUAAAUAUUGGUUUAAGUUAAUAUGACACACUUUCUAAACUUUAUGUUUAUGAAAUAAAGAUAUUCUGAACAACUUGGUCAUUCUCUGUACAAUCCCGAUAAAGUGGGUAGUGACGUUUACUUGUUUCUGCGCUUGAAGAAUCAUCUGGGUGGUC